UCCACACUCCAGUCCAGUUGGUGGCGGUAAUGCACAUUUAAAGUUUGCCAUCCACACAAUGUGCCGUACUUUGUUCCUUCUACACAUGGGGUUGCAUGUGGUCUCUGUGCUGUUUAUUAUCAUGAUAUCAUCAGUGGUAACUACAACCAGUCUACAACCCAGGGAAGUGGCAGCUCCGGGCAGUGACAUCACCCUUAGCUGCUCUUUCCCUUCGUCUAAAAACCUGAACCUCAAUAACCUGGUCGUCAACUGGCAGCGUGGAGAAUCCGAGGUGGUCCACAGUUAUUACCAUGGGAGAGAUCAGCUGGAAAGACAGAGUGUUGUUUACAAGGGACGAACUCAUCUGUUUGAAGACCAGCUCACUGUGGGAAAUGCCUCACUUAGACUGAGUGGUGUGCAGCUGAGUGACCAGGGCCCAUACACCUGUGAUGUGACAGAUGAACAGGGAAGCACCCAGGAAAAGCUACAACUUUUAGUGGCAGCCGAGCUGCGACUGAGGGUGCUGGACCAGAGUUUCACCAAGUAUCUCACACUCCACCCACCGCCAGUGUGCUGUGUAAUGCCUGCUGAGCAGAGGAGCAGAUUGUUGAUGUAUCCCCUGCUGCUAACGCUGCUGGGAUUGGUGCUCCUGUUAUCCUGGAAGAGGUCUGAGCAGGAGACCAAAAAGGAUACGAAAACAGAAGAAUAGAAUGGCCUUCAGUCCAUGGUCACUCAACAGGCUUUAUGCCAGAGCAACUAUUAUUGCUUGUUUACAGAGAAAACAUAAAGGGAGGACAGCCUUUUAUACUAAUGUACAUUUUAAUUGAAAGUCAUUUUGUAAAAGAACUACAAUACAUUAUACACAAAGUUCAACACAAUACAGUUGAUGCUGUAGUGUCACAAUACAGUUGACACACUCACUAAAGACAGACAAUGGGAGAUGCACACUACACCACUAGAUGGUCAUAUGUACCUCUGCUCCAAAUCUGGUUCCUCUUAAGGUUUGUUCCUUGUAGGGAGUUUUAGCUUACUGCUACUUGCUUAGGGAUUCAGCCCAGGCCCAGGUAAAUCACCUUUUAUAUCCGCAGUUGUCUUACUAGGCUUCAUAAAUGACAUGUAUUUAUUGAUUGAAAUGAUGGCAGCUAUAGCGUCUAAUGAAAAUUGUUACGUGUGUUCCAGGCAAUGUGUCAUACUUUCCAGAAUUUGUUAUUUUUUAAUAAAAGGAGAUGAACCCCCAA